AGAAACAUUAUAAAGACACAGGACAUCAAUUUACAUCAGAUAAUUUUCGAAUUACGUUGCCCGAAAAACAUAAAUAUAAACUAUUGUUAAAAGAAUCAUUGGCUAUAAGAGCUAUUGCCUUUGUGUUGAAUGGUACAGAUCGAUCAGUACCAUUAUAUGUUUACCCCGGCGGCGUUAAACGAACAGUACUACCAAAACAUGUACUAGGCGUCGGUUAG